AUGGUCACCUUAUUAGAGACUGAAGUCAAUGAGCAAUUCCAGCACAGCAGAGAUGAAGCCGAGCAGUCACUUGAUGAGCACAGUGAAAAGUGCAAUCGAAAAAACCUCAAGAUAAACGAGUCGAUAAAUUCUUUACGCAAUGACGUGGCCCGUCUUCUGGAUUAUUACGGAUCACUUCGGCAGAUCGUCACGAAACACACAGAUGAGAUGGAGACACUGAAGCUGACAUUCAGAAAAUCCUGUAACUCAGUGAAACAGACUGGCGCCGAGUUAAAAGCUCAGCUCGAAGUAAGAAUUGUCAUUCUUUCCGAGGCAUUGUUCAAUCAUUUGUCUGCUUUAGAGCUUGAUGAGGGAUAA